UGUUCACCGUUCACCCCUACCCCCUACCUUAACCUCAAAAUUCCAAUCUGUGUUCCACGCGACAAUUUUCGACGCUAUUCAGUGCAUGGUGAAUUAGUGGGUGUUUCUUUAUUUAUUUUAGGUCUAAUAAACAGCGCUACACACAUGCCUCCGAAGAAGCAAGAAGGCUCUGGGGCCAAAAAGCCUGCUGCAGGGUCAUCCUCGGAGAAAAAGCCCGCCGCAAAGGCUGAGAAGAAACCAGCUGCAUCUGGCUCUGCCAAAGCUGAGAAAAAACCAGCUGAAAAGAAACCAGCAGAGAAGAAGCCUGUAGAAAAGAAGUCUGCCGAGAAAAAGCCAGCUGAAAAGAAACCAGCAGACAAGAAGCCGGCAGAAAAGAAGCCAGCAGGGAAGAAAGUAGCUGAGAAGAAACCAGCCGCCAAGGGUGCUGAUAAAAAGAAGGCUACAACUGAUAAAAAACCCGCUGCUGCCAAAGGAGUUAAAUCUGUAACGAAAGAUGCGUCCAAGAAAGAUAAGUCUGAGAAAGCAAAGAAAGAAAAGAAGCCUCUGAAAGCCUCAACCGGAGCAGAGAAAGAUGCCAAGAAAGACAAGAAAGAUGGCAAGAAAGAAGGGGACAAGAAAAAGAAAUUCGAUAAGAAGCGUGCACCCAAGAAACAAGAUAAAUACAAGCGAGGUCACAAAUACCGGAAAGCAGGUACAACUGUUGCUGCUGUUGAGCAAGCCAAAAAAGCAGGGCAAAAGGUUGCAAAAGGAGUCCAUGGAACCCGUACUAGGAAAAUCAGGACAUCUGUUAGUUUCCACCGUCCUAAGACCUUUAAGCCACCAAGGAACCCGAAGUACCCCAGGAAAUCUGUCCCUCACCGAAACAGAAUGGAUCACUUCAACGUUAUUAGGUAUCCAUUGACAACUGAAGCGGCAAUGAAGAAAAUAGAAGACCAUAACACGCUAGUUUUUAUCGUUCACUUGAAGGCUAACAAGUACCACAUUAAAGCUGCCGUUAAAAAGUUAUAUGACAUUAAAAUCUCUAAAGUUAACACCAUGAUUAGACCUGAUGGUAAAAAGAAAGCGUACGUACACCUUGCUCCUGACUAUGAUGCUCUGGAUGUAGCGAACAAGAUUGGUAUUAUCUAAACAGUUUUGCACUGUUUUUUUACUGCGUAUGUUUUGUAUAUUUUAAUAAAUGGAACUGUUAUUUUCUACAAAAA